UCCCGUCACACGUUCCGUACACAGCGCCCAUUUUCCGGACGACGGGUCGUUUCUACGCCGCCAGUUGUUCUUCUUCGUGGAGAACAAAGCCGAACCUAUCUGCUGAGAUUAAGUCAGUUAAAGUUGGACUAGCGCUGACCGGAGUAGUCAAUCUUCAGCUUCCGAGUAAUAAUGGCAGCAUCCGCAAAACGACGUCGUGCUGUGCUCGGACGAACGCGAUGGAAGUGGAGAAAGAAGCCUUCUACUUAGUUCGGAAAGGAGAUAUUGUCGGCGUGUAUAGGAGUUUCGGUGACUGUGAGGCGCAGAUUGGUUCUUCGAUAUGUGAUCCUCCUGUUAGUGUGUAUAAAGGCUACUGCUUGCCUAAGGACACUGAAGAACAUCUGGUGUCGUUUGGACUUACCAAUGCCAUUUACACUAUCAGAGCUCACGAUUUGAAGCAUGACCUUUUUGGGAAGCUUAUGCUUUGCCCUUUUCAUGAGCCGGCACCUUCAGAAUGUGAAGAACCUGUUACAGAUACAUCUGGAAACAGUUACAAUGAAGUGCCUGGAUCAGAACAUGUGGGUUUCUGUACUCUCGAGUUUGAUGGUGCAUCGAAAGGAAAUCCUGGACUAGCUGGUGCUGGAGCUGUGCUGCGAGCUGGUGAUGGAGGUUUGAUCUGUAAAGUUCAAGAAGGUCUGGGAAUCAAGACCAAUAAUGUUGCUGAGUACCGAGCUCUGAUUUUAGGGUUAAAAUAUGCUUUGAGGAAAGGUUUUACUAAGAUUCGAGUCCAAGGUGAUUCCAAACUCGUCUGUAUGCAGGUUCAAGGUUUAUGGAAGGUCAAAAACCAGAAUAUGUCUUCCUUGUGCGAAGAGGUGAAGGAACUGAAGGAAAAAUUUGUCUCCUUUGAGAUCAAUCAUAUUCUGAGGGACAAAAAUUCAGAAGCAGAUGCUCAAGCAAACUUGGCAGUUCGUCUUAGUGAUGGUGAAGUCCACGAAGUUAUCUGAAUGCCAAAUUUCUACUGCUGGUUUUGUUUCGGUUGGUCUCAAACUAAAUAUUGGUACGACAUGAUGCUUCUUCUUCAACCCUGUGGCCUAAAGUAGAAUUCUUCUGCUGAUGGCAUGCAGAUUAGACUAAUCAACACAGGAGCUAUGCACUUCCAGCCGAGUGUGACGACGAGCAGUGCAACUUCUUGGUCUGCCAUUACGCACCUCAUGGGUGCAAUUUCAGCUGCUGCAACCUAGAGGGAGGUACAGCGGCCAUAGUGACAAUUAAAUCGCGAUACAGUCAUACAGAGGAAGAUCCAGAUCCCAGAACAUGCAUUUCACAGGCCACCAGCCAUAGAAAUCGAAGCAGAAAAUACAUUAUACAGAAGACUUUGCCUAGAAAGUGGAUGUUACUACAGUAUACAAGCUGUAACUCCUGUAAGAAGCUAGUAGAAAUAGUUUAUACAUUACUGAAAGCCAGAGCAUAUACAAUGUGAUUCAGUGAUUCUCAUGUGGUCUUAAGAUUGUACAGUAAAAAUGAAUGCUUUACUUUUUUCUUUGAAAAUAUAAUUACC